AUGAAAGUCCGUUCGUCUGUCAAGGUUAUGUGCGAUGGAUGCAAUAUUGUCCGCCGGAAAGGACGGCUAUACGUUAUUUGUUCAAAGAAUCCCAAGCACAAGCAGGUACGUCUAGGCUGCAACCAGGAAGCCACGCAACGUGUAUUAACUCUGCUACAGAGGCAAGGCUGA